CCAAGACCUCCAACGGAUAUAUCAUAGUUGGAAGUUGAAACUGUGCGCCACUCACAGUCAUCCAAUGGAGCUUCAGACCUUUCGCUCUAUAUCCUUUGCAGGGCAUGGACGUUUUUGGAAGCAUUCGAUAUCAGGAAGGAAAUGCUUCUCAAAAAAUAUCAAAACUUUAGUUUCUUGUUCAUAUAGCACAGAGGAGAACGAUACUUUGCCAUCCGUAAAACAGCUGUGUAAUGCGAAAGUGAUUUAUGCUGUGGCUCCAGCCCUGGGUCAUAACAAGGAGUCACAUCCUGAAUCAAAUGCUAGAGUUCCUGCAAUUGUGACUGCUCUUGCAAAGAUGGAGCUUACCUCAAAGUUUCGUGGCUCAGACAUACUUGAACUUCAAAAUUUUAAGCUUGCUUCAGCUGAUGACAUUGCAAGUGUUCAUGCAAAAGCUUAUGUAUCAGGCCUUGAAAAGGCUAUGGAUCGGGCUUCCGAGCAGGGUCUUAUUGUAAUUGAUGGCUCUGGACCAACAUAUGCUACUCCCACGACGUUCUGUGAGUCACUUGUUGCAGCUGGAGCAGGACUCGCCUUAGUUGAUUCAGUGGUUGCAGCAUCAAAAAACCAACUAGAUCCACCAAUGGGUUUUGCUUUGAUAAGACCUCCAGGACAUCAUGCUAUUCCAAAUGGUCCUAUGGGGUUCUGUGUUUUUGGAAAUGUGGCUAUUGCAGCUCGUCAUGCUCAGCGUAUUCAUGGAUUAAAGCGAAUAUUUAUUAUUGAUUUUGAUGUUCACCAUGGGAAUGGAACAAAUGAUGCCUUCUUGGAUGAUCCAGAUAUAUUCUUUCUUUCAACUCAUCAAGAUGGAAGCUACCCUGGCACUGGAAGAAUUGAUGAGAUAGGUCAUGGAGCUGGUGAAGGAGCAACACUUAAUCUACCUCUACCUGGAGGCUCAGGUGACACUGCCAUGAGAACUGUUUUUGAUGAAGUCAUUGUGCCAUGUGCUCAAAGGUUCAAGCCAGAUAUAAUCCUCGUCUCUGCAGGGUAUGAUGGUCACGUAUUGGAUCCACUAGCCAGUCUACAGUUUACAACAGGGACAUACUACAUGCUUGCGUCUAAUAUCAAACAACUUGCCAAAGAACUAUGUGGUGGCCGCUGUGUAUUUUUCCUUGAAGGAGGAUACAACCUGGAUUCACUUUCAUAUUCCGUGGCAGACUCAUUCCGUGCAUUUCUUGGGGAGCCAAGUUUGGCACCUGAGUUUGAUAACCCUGCAAUAUUGUAUGAAGAACCAUCAACCAGGGUGAAGCAAGCGAUUCAGAGAGUAAAGCACAUACAUUCGCUGUGAUUGUGCAGAUAACCGAAAUCUUAAAGUCUAUCUAAGCCGGCACUGUCCUAUAUAUAUUUAUCUGUGAUGAAAAUGAAGUCGUGAUAUGCAAUGGAGAUUCUUCCAUAAUUAGUACCAUAAGUUGAUGUCCAGAUGGUCAACGACCUGAAUCAUAAAUUGAUGUAAAUGAGGUUAAAUUUGUGAAUACCAUUGUACAUAACUAGAUAAUAAAGUUCUUCAUAUAGCUCAAUGAUAAGAAUCUGCCUUACUGUUUAUUGUCCUC